UCAAGCCUCGAAUACCAUCGGAAUCGAGAACGAGAAUAAUUCUAGCUAUUAUUCGUUGUCGUCUAUAAACUCAAUGGCUUACAGUAUAUCUAGCUCUGUUUCGAGUGACACCAUUGUAGCAGAGCGUAAGCAGGAGCUGCAAAGUGGAAACCGUACCGACGGCAUCGUUAGUCCUGCGAGUGACCAACGGGUGCUAACGGAAGGAGUCGUAAAAGGCAGAAUAGAUGAGGUCGGGUCAACGGUAGUCAUCUAUAAAACGGCCGAAGGCGAUCGUUUAAUUUUGAAGAACAAACCACCGGUG